UGAGCCUGCCUACCACUCUGACUGGCCUGGGGCAAAGAGGAGCCUGUGUGUUCAAGACCACCUAGUAACCCCUGACCAGGGGCAGGUGGGCCACUGACCCCUGCACCCAGGAUUAGGGUGCAGACCUGCUGGCAGACUUGGGGCCGGCCUAGAACUGCCCAGCGGUGAAAGGACCCAGAGUCCUGGGCACGAAUUGAUUUCCAUUUUUCCCACCUUCUGAUGACACAGGCAUCUUGGGCUCCCCUGAGACCAGCAAUGCCAGGGACUCGCCGCCUCCAGCGCCAGCCUUGUUCCCAAAGUCUCUUUCCUCCCCGGGCCUCAGUCUGACGCCCACAGCACUUCUCAGGGAGCCGACUCCCAAACCCCGGCAAAGGGUGUGGGCCUAGGGCGAAACCCCGCCCCCAGGGGUCCCUGAUCUUUGACCCCGCCCGGGGCUCCGUGCCUCCCCAAGAGGACCAGCGGCGGGCGUCGCUGCCUUUUGUGUUUCGCUCGGAGGUGCCAGAGACCACCCCCCCAACGCCGUGCCCCUCGUCCCCUGGCGGCCCCCUGCCCCUCCUCUCGGCGUCUCCAGCCCCCCUGCUCUGCUCCGCGUGCCAGCUCGGGGCUCGCUGGUUUGUUCCCCGUAGCGCCAGGAGGAGGGGCGAGGGCCGGCAGCCCCCUCCUCCGAGCGCCGAGCGGGAACCCAGCGGAGCCGGGGGGGACGCACCGCCGCCGGUCAUGUGGGCCGGACUGCUCCUCAGGGCCGCCUGCGUUGCGCUCCUGCUGCUGGGGGUCCCGGCCCGCACCUACACCGGGAGGAAACCGCCCGGGCACUUCAUGACCGAGAGACGCCGGCUGGGCCCCCACGUCUGCCUCUCGGGGUUCGGGAGUGGCUGCUGCCCUGGCUGGGCACCCUCCAUGGGCAGUGGGCACUGCACCCUUCCCCUCUGCUCCUUUGGCUGUGGGAGUGGCAUCUGCAUCGCUCCCAACGUCUGUUCCUGCCAGGAUGGAGAACAAGGGGCCACCUGCCCAGACGCCCACGGACCCUGCGGGGAGUACGGCUGUGACCUCACCUGUAACCACGGUGGCUGUCAGGAGGUGGCCCGAGUGUGCCCCGUGGGCUUCUCAAUGACAGAGACAGCUGUCGGCAUCAGGUGUACCGACAUUGAUGAAUGUUUAAGCUCCUCUUGCGAGGACCACUGUGUGAACACGGAAGGCGGGUUUGUGUGCGAGUGUGGGCCGGGCAUGCAGCUGUCCGCCGACCGCCACAGCUGCCAAGACACUGACGAAUGCCUCGGGACCCCCUGUCAGCAGAGAUGUAAAAACAGCAUUGGCAGCUACAGGUGUUCCUGUAGAACUGGCUUCCAUCUCCAUGGCAACCGGCACUCCUGUGUAGAUGUAAACGAAUGUCGGAGGCCGUUGGAGAGGCGAGUCUGUCACCAUUCCUGCCAUAACACUGUGGGCAGCUUCCUGUGCACAUGCCGACCUGGCUUCAGGCUGCGAGCUGACCGAGUGUCCUGUGAAGCUUUCCCGAAAGCCGUGCUGGCCCCUUCUGCCAUCCUGCAGCCCCUGCAGCACCCUCCUAAGAUGCUACUGCUGCUUCCGGAGGCGGGCCGGCCUGCCCUCUCCCCAGGACACAGCCCUCCUUCUGGGGCUCCUGGGCCUCCAGCUGGAGUCAGGACCACCCGCCUGCCGUUACCCACCCCUGCCCUACCCACACCUUCCCCGUCUGCCCCCACGAGGCUGCUGUCCACCCCAAUGGCCACCCCAGUGCCUAGUGCCCCGCUACUGGGGACUCUCAGACCUCCCUCACAAUUCCUGGAAAAGGCGGUAGUGACGCCUUCCUUGCCCAGGGGCCCCACAGCCCCGUGGCCUGAACCAGGGCCCUCUGCCUGCUGGCACCUGGGAGCCAUGUAUGAGCUGGGGAGCCGCUGGACCGAGCCGGGGUGUUCCCAGUGCUGGUGCGAGGAUGGGGAGGUGGCCUGUGAAAAGGUGACGUGUGAAGCUGCUUGUUCCCACCCGAUUCCUUCUGGAGAUGGGGGAUGCUGCCCAUCGUGUACAGGCUGUUUUCACAGUGGCGUCAUACGAGCCGAAGGGGAUGUGUUUUCACCUCCCACGGAGAACUGCACCGUCUGUGUCUGCUCGGCUGGAAAUGUGUCCUGCAUCUCCCGCGAGUGUCCUCCUGGCCCCUGUCAGACCUCCCUGAAGUCCGACUGCUGUACUUGUGUUCCAGUGAGAUGCUUUUUCCAUGGCCGGUGGUAUGCAGACGGGGCUGUGUUCAGUGGGGGUGGUGACGAGUGUACCACCUGUAUCUGCCAGAAUGGGGAAGUGGAAUGUUCCUUCACACCAUGUCCAGAACUGGACUGCCCCCGUGAGGAGUGGUGGCUGGGCCCUGGACAGUGCUGCUUCACCUGCCGGGAGCCCACGCCCACGACAGGCUGCUCUCUCGAUGACAACGGGGUUGAGUUUCCGAUUGGACAGAUCUGGUCUCCUGGUGACCCCUGUGAGUUAUGCAUCUGCCAGGCAGAUGGCUCAGUUAGCUGCAAGAGGACAGACUGUGUGGACUCCUGCCCUCACCCAAUUCGGAUCCCUGGACAGUGCUGCCCGGACUGUUCGGCAGGCUGCACCUACACAGGCAGAAUCUUCCACAACAACCAGACCUUUCCGUCUGUGCUGGACCCGUGUCUGAGCUGCAUCUGCCUGCUGGGCUCAGUGGCCUGCUCACCUGUGGACUGCCCCAUCACCUGCACCUACCCUUUCCACCCUGACGGGGAGUGCUGCCCGGUGUGCGUAGACUGUAACUACGAGGGAAGGAAGGUGGUGAACGGCCAGGUGUUCACUUUAGACGAUGAGCCCUGUACCCAAUGCAUGUGCCAGCUGGGAGAGGUGAGCUGUGAGAGGGCCCCCUGCCAGCGGGCCUGCUGGGACCCUGCCAUGCCUCCUGGGGACUGCUGCUCCUCCUGCCCAGAUUCCCUGGAAGAAAGGCGGGGACUCUCCCUUCAGGGAGACGUGGAGUUCGGCAACUUGGCUCGGAGCCCCCGUGGAGACACGGAGGCCCCUGGCAACUGUAGCUCCUGCCCGGGGACUCCAGCAGCAUUGCGUCAGAGGCCAGAGCUCCAUGUCUUCCAGCUCCUCUUAAGAACGAACGUGUCUUACGUGCAGACUUCACCCAUGCGCCCCUCAGGAGCCCCGGCCUCACCCUCACCCCCUUUGGGGCCUCGGGGCACGCUAUCAGGGGAGCCCGGGGCCUCCCAGCCCCCUCCUCGGUCCUCACCAGGGCCAUCAGUUUCUCCAAGAGUCUCCACUCUACCUCCAGCCUCUCUCGGGGCUCCUGGGCCACCUCCUGUUGCUCCAGAACCUUCAUCCUCAGCCUCUGGGGCCCACACAGCAUCCAGACAGCCUUCCCUGCCUGCCACUGUUCUGACUGAUGCUUCAGCCCUUUCCACAAUGGGCCCCAGCCCCCCAAAGACCCCUGUCGCCUUCCUCAGGCCUCGCAGACUCUCUCCCACCACCUCCAGACUCUCUGCAGCCCUUGUGGCUCCCAUCAGCCCCGCCCCCCAGCAGCCCACAACCGGGACCUCAAGUGAGGAGGAGUCCACCGGGUAAGAGCCUCCACUUCAGGGCCAUGCUGAGAGGUACUGGACAGACGAAGCUGCCAGUGGUCUCAGGGGGCCACUGGGGCGCACUCCUGCAGGGCUUCUGGCGGGAUGGAAAACUCCCAGGGCUGACGUCGCCUUGCUCCCCAGAACCACUCAGAAUGCGCUGUGAGAACUGAGCAGAGUCUUCUCCAGGGGCUGCAUCCGCCCUGGACACUGCGCCCUCUUGUCUUUUGAGGAAGGUUGGGCUGCUGAGCUCCUUCCUGCGGCGGAGGAGGGUCAGAGAGGGCCUGGGAUUGCACCGGGAUUGUGCCACCAGCCCUCACUGUCCUCACCUGAGGUUUCCUGAUUAAAGACUGUCUCAGUCUCCCCCAGGCUGCCCUGCUCAUUCACUUCUGACUUUGAAAAGGUGGGAACACUUCAUGCUAUGCCCACGCUGGUACAGUGUAUCCCACCUCAACCCCCAGCUUGGGAGAAAAGCCUGCCCCAAAUGGGAGCUGGUUUGGGGAGGGGUCUUGUGUAAGUAAACACCUGGUGGCUUUUGAUGCUGGGAGACUUCUAAAGUGAGAAGGGAAAAGAUGAAUGGAGAGGGCUUUGCAGGUUGGGUUCCCUGGACAGGAACCUCUGAGAGGAAGUAGCAGGCAGUUCCUUAGGGCGCACUCUUGUCACCAACACCUGUGGGCUAGAGACAGGGAGAAGUCGGGCUCCCCUGAGGCCCAAGGCUGCAGCCAGCCCCUUCUGGGAGCUCUGAGGCUGGAUGGCCCUUUAGAGUUGUCCUGACGUGGAGCAUAGGGACAGGGCUUUGUAUGCCCAGAUUGACCAGUAAUUCUAUCUGGGCUGCCCCAGGAAAGCGGUGUGACCUUGGGCAAGGCAACUCCCUUCAGCCAAGGCAAUUCCUUAUGAGGGUUGAUGGCCGAGAGCUGUCAGCCAACGACCUUCCCAGCAGCUGGAGGACUAAAUCUGUCAAUCCUGAAGGGGGUGUCUGCACGGUGCAGCCUAGUUUCCAUGACAGAUGGAAAGAGGACAGUGCUAUCAUUCAUGAAGGGAAGUGAGAUGGGGGUGGAAGACAGAGGACAAUGCCGUCACCAUGUCACCAACCUGCUACCACUGAAAACCAAGGGAGCUGUAGAAUAAACUGCAGCCCCCACUGCACAGACCCCACCCACAUUUGCCCAGGCUACCCUUCCCUUGGCUCUUCUCUGACCUGCUGCUCCCCACAUAUCCCAGGCGCGGAUGUCGGCAGUGAUUCCUGGCUGCAAAGGCCACCUGGAGUAUCCAGCCCAGCUGUUAGUGGUGUAAAGGUGUGCUAACCUGAGUAUGGUGGCAGGUGUAGUGAAUUUGGAGUUAGGAGCAUGGAAAACAGACCUAAGAGUUACGAAGGACUUGGAGAUCAUUUUGUCCGGUUAGACACAAAGGGUAGUGGUUAAGAGUGAUGUCUGGAUGGCCGGAUGGCUCAGUUGGUUAGAGCGUGAGCUCUUAACUACAGGCUUGCCAGUUCGAUUCCCCCAUGGGCCAGUGAGCUGUGCCCUCCACAA